UAGAAGAAAAGUGACGAAUGAGCCACGUAAUUUUUAUCAUUUCAUAAUUUUAGAGAUAUAUUUUAUCCUAAAUUAUAUCUAUCAGUCAUGUAUAGGCUGAAAAGUGAUGUUCUUGACCGAUUGCGAAUGCAUAAUAUAAGAAUUUCUGAACUUAAUCCUACGUCGUCCAUAAUGUCCAAUCCACCUCGCAAAGUGAUCCAUCUACCCAAAGUCCGGAUGCUCCGUGGUGGCCGGAUUUCACUCCGACUGUCCCCAUACAGUGUCAAGCCUCCAGAUCCGGAAACUGUUAAGAAACAGGAAGAGGAGCGGCUCAGGGCGCAGCUUCAAAAGGAAAUUGUAUCCCGUUCACGAUCCUGUGCAUACAAAGGCUACACCUGUACAAUGCCAGUGUUAAACGGUCGACAGUACUGCGUACGGCACAUACUGCACGACCCUACAGCACCUUAUACACGAUGUGCACAUGAGAGGUGUUCUAUGCCUGUACGGACUGAGGAUGCUGACCAUCACCUGUGCUUUGAGCACGCCCGCGCUGCUUUACACGCGAGGCAACGCAGCGCUGCCCCCGCUCCGCCAGUCACCACCACUGAAACGUUGCUCAACCAAUUGCAACACUAUGUACGCCCGGAAAGAACUCGGACAACGUCUUGUGCAUCGUCAGUGUCGGUAGUUAGCGACCCAGCCGAUCAGGAGAUCACGCCACACGCAGUGGAUCCCUUCAAGCAAAUAGACGCAACAGUAGUAAACAGCACAUACUCCACUUCUAUAAUGGAAUGCGCUAGCGCAAGUGACAGCGACGGGGACAGCGUGAUCUUGGACCCUGAUGGAGGUUGGGGAGAGGACCUGUCUGAUCCUGAGGAGGCACCUUGUGAGGAUCAGCCUUUGUGGCGAGCUGGCGUCUAUACAGCUGAAGAAGCAGUAUGCGAAGCGAGAAAUGCGAUGCGAUCGCUCCAGACGGCUUACAUCAGGCAAAUGGGCCGGCUGAAGCAGCUACUGCAGACUGCCCGGUUGCAGUACUUAAGAGCGUUGAAGACCGAAAAAGAACAGUAUUGCAGCAUAUACUCCCAAUCGCAAAGCGGACCCCUUACAGUGCGAGAAAGAAGACAACUGCGUAAACUAAAGGCUUUUGCGGGCUAUAAACGUAAGCACGGCGUUGAUGCCGUGUUGGCGAGGAAGCUGCAUCACAAGAGAGCCAAGGUCAACGAACCAAUCUUGAACAGACCAGUUCCAUCUCAAGGCCGCUGCACGUUUGCCGAAGGCGGCGUGCGCUGCGGCAAUCAUGUCCUACCAGCUGCCAAGCAUUGCUUCAAGCAUAUCAUACAUGAUCGACAUCAGGUCAGUAAUCUCUAA